AUGUGGCCGUCGUACUUCGAGUCCUGUCACUUUUGGCUUUUCCUGGUCGACGCCAGCAACGCCACUCAGUUAGCAGCCGCAGCAAUCGAGUUCUUUUCCAUCCUGAGUGUAGACGAAAUGAAGUACAAGCCCAAGCUAUUGGUGAUCAACCAGAUCGAUGCCAGCUUUGUGAUCGACGACACUAUUUUACAGACGUAUCUAUGUCUUGACCGCCUGAUGAGUGAACCAGAUAGCGGCCCGAUACAGAUCAUCAAAGCCAGUGCGCUAACGGGGGAGAACGUCGCACAGAUCCUCAAGUGGCUUAGCCACGCUGCGAGUAGUGGUCUCUUUUCAGGAAACAAUCCUAGCAUUGGACUUACUGGGCUCAGUGGGUUUAGCGGUCGUUAUCGGACGGUUGGACGGCAGAACUCGGCUAGCGAUAUGCGCGUACAUCCCGUAGCGGAGUAG